ACUGUUGAGCGAAAAUUAGAGACGUUUAGAAAUAUAUUUCUUCUUUUUCUUUAAUAUUUAUUUUAUGUAAGAAAUUUUAUAAAAGAUUUUGUUCUUAACAUAAAAUUUUAAUCUUGAAACUUUGAGUGAAGAGAUAAAUUCUCUUAUGAAUUACAUAAAAAAUAAAAAUAUCUUUAUAAUUUAAUUAAAGUUUCUGAACAAAAUUUAGUUGAGUGGUAGUAACCAAUCCAAUCGGUUAGUAUCGCAGUAGUAGUUUUUCGUGGUGUAAACGUCUAGAUACGAAAGCGUAAUUUUGGGAAGAUGUUUCAUUUAAAAACUUUGGCCAAAAGUUCUUUGGUUAAGCAGGAUGUUUUUAGCGUAGUUAACAAAUCGUUGCCGAUUGUUGUAAACCAAGUUAGAAAUUACACUAUUCCAGAUAGACUAAAGGAUGUUCCAACUGCUAAAGAUCCGGCAUUUUUUGAUAUGGUUGAAUAUUUUUUUCAUCGUGGGUGUAAAGUAGCGGAAGAUAGUUUUGUUGAAGGAAUAAAAGGAAAAUACACUUUAGAAGAAAAACAAAAGAAAGUACAUGGAAUCCUUAUGAUUAUGCAACAAUGUGAUCAUAUUAUUGAAAUUGCUUUCCCAGUUCGCCGAGAUUCAGGUCAUUACGAAAUGAUAACAGGUUACAGAGCUCAACAUAGUACACAUCGUGUUCCCACAAAAGGAGGUAUUCGUUACUCAAUGGAUGUAUGUCGAGAUGAAGUUAAAGCCUUGUCAGCUCUAAUGACAUUUAAAUGCGCCUGCGUUGAUGUACCUUUUGGCGGUGCCAAAGCUGGAUUACAAAUUGAUCCAAAAAAAUACUCUGAACAUGAAUUAGAAAAAAUUACACGCAGAUUUGCGUUGGAAUUAUCAAAAAAACAUUUUAUUGGCCCUGGUGUUGAUGUACCAGCUCCAGAUUAUGGUACUGGUGAAAGAGAAAUGUCAUGGAUCGCUGACACAUAUGAAAAAACUGUAGGAUAUUUGGAUAUUAAUGCAUCCGCGUGUGUUACCGGUAAACCGAUCAAUCAAGGUGGUAUUCACGGUCGUGUUUCAGCUACCGGUCGUGGAAUUUUCCAUGGCUUGGAUAAUUUCAUUAAAGAUGCAACUUAUAUGAAGAUGAUUGGUCUUGAAACGGGUUGGGCUGGUAAAACUUUUGUUGUACAAGGUUUCGGUAAUGUAGGUCUUCACACAUGCAGAUAUUUGGUACGCGCUGGUGCUAAAUGUAUUGGAGUUAUUGAACACGAUGGUCAAAUUUACAACCCUGAUGGUAUUGACCCCAAGGCUUUAGAAGAUUAUCGUAUUGAGCACGGAACAAUUGUCGGCUUUCAAGGGGCUCAAAAAUAUAAAGGAGAAAAUCUUAUGUUUGAAAAAUGUGAUAUUUUAGUUCCAGCAGCCAUCGAAAAAGUUAUAACAUCAGAAAAUGCUGGCAAAAUCAACGCAAAAAUAAUCGGUGAAGGUGCUAAUGGACCAAUUACACCAGCUGCAGAUCAAAUUUUAAUGGACCGUGGUAUUCUUGUGAUCCCAGAUUUGUACUUAAAUGCCGGUGGUGUAACCGUAUCAUUCUUUGAAUGGUUGAAAAACUUAAAUCACGUAUCAUAUGGUCGUUUGACAUUUAAAUACGAACGAGAUUCUAAUUAUCAUUUGCUCGAUUCUGUUCAGCAGUCUAUUGAAAGAUAUUUCAGUGAAUCUGUCCAAGAAUCAUUGGAACGUACAUUUGGCGAAAAGGGUAAUAAAAUUCCAGUUAAACCAUCUGAAGCAUUCAAAAAACGUAUUGCUGGCGCCUCAGAAAAGGACAUUGUACAUUCUGGUUUAGAUUAUACUAUGGAACGUUCAGCUCGUGCCAUUAUGAAAACUGCCCAAAAAUACAAUUUGGGAUUGGAUUUGAGAACUGCUGCCUAUGUUAAUUCAAUUGAGAAAAUUUUCACAACUUAUAGGGAUGCCGGUUUAGCUUUCUAAAUAUCUAAAAUAAAAAUUUUCAUUUAUUAGAUAAAAAGGUCAUUUAAAGAACUAAUUAAAAUUAAAGAGAGUGAAAGCUUGAAGCUUAAAAUUUCAUUUUACAUAAAUUCAAAUUAUUUAUGUUACAAAAUUCAAAGCACUUUAGAAUAGUUAAAAAAAGAAAACUUUAAAAUGCAAAAAAUUUAGAUUUUCGAACACAACGGCAUUUUAAAAAUAAUUAUAAUCAUUGGUCAUAAGAUAACUAACUCAAAGCAAUUUUAAAAAAAUAAAAUAAGAGUAGCUAUUAUAAAUAUUAAGAAUAAAGAUAUUACAAUUGCAUAAGGUUUGAAGAACAGAAAAAAUCAUCUGUCUGCCAUCUUUUAAUAAAAAUUUUACAAAAUUGUGUUACGAAAAAUAAAAAAGAAUUUACCUAACUUCGAGAAACAUAAAAUUGUUUUUUAAAAACAUUUGUUUUGUUUCAAUUUAUUAUGUUUUUAGUUUUUUAUUGUGUAUGAAUAACAUAUGUACAUAUGUAUGUUGUAAUAAUUGUAGGAGAACUUGUUCUCUUUGUUCAAUUUAAUUUAAUUUUGUUCGAUCUAUACUUAAAAAAAUAUCUUGUUUACUUUUUCAAUAGUUAUCGUAUUUUUUGAUUACAUAAAAUAAUUUGUAUCAUUAAAUUCAAGAAUUUGUAUUUUUUUUUCUUUUAUUAUGUAAAACAAACACAUUUAAAAAAAUAAAAUGCAUUUGGAAAUAAAAUAAAAAAUUUUAA